UAAGCCAGCCUUCUUUGAUCUAAUCCAUAAGAAUCAUCUCAUCUCAUGCUGAUGCUCCACCAAGACAAAGAAUAGCAAUACGCCCCAUAGAAAUUAUGAAAGGGAGAAACCAACAAGGAGCUUGAUGGAGAUGAUCCACUUGUACUUUGGGGUUCUUCUAGGAGUUAUUUCUUCAACUGGAUCAUGUUUCUCACCUUCUUCCCUAAAAUGCAGCCGCUUGCAACCUUCUUUGGCCCCACGCUUUUAUUUAUUUGGAUCCAUAAUAACAGCAGACUUGUGAAGUAACGUGUUGGUUAUCAAUGACUUCCAUUGGUAACAUCACAUGCUAGAUGUUAGCAACGACAGGAAGUGGACCAUAUUGGAUUUAUCCAUUGGAUGGAUGGAUGGAUGGGUGGAUGAAUGGAUGGAUGGAUGGAUGGAUUGAUUGAUGGAUGGAUGGAUUGAUGGAUGGAUUGAUGGAUGGAUGGAUGGAUGGAUUGAUGGAUUGAUGGAUUGAUGGAUGGAGGAUACAUGGAUGUAUUGACGGAUGUAUUGAUGAAUGUAUUGAUGGAUGGAUUGAUGGAUGUAUGGAUUGAUGGAUGUACUGAUGGAUGGAUGGAUGUAUUGAUGGAUGGAUGUAUUGAUGGAUGUACUGAUGGAUGGAUGUAUGUACUGAUGGAUGUAUGGAUGGAUGGAUGUACCGACGGAUGGAUGGAUGUACUGACGGAUGGAUGGAUGUACCGACGGAUGGAUGGAUGUACUGACGGAUGGAUGGAUGUUGUGACGGAUGGAUGGAUGUACUGACGGAUGGAUGGAUGUAGUGACGUAUCGUGUGGUUCCAGGAUGAUGCUGAACGACAGCUGGACCAUAAUGAACAACAGCAGUUCUGAGCUGGACAGCAAACGAGGCAACAAACAUAAGAAAUGCUGCAACUUCUUCCUAUGGGCUGGCAUUGUGGUUGCCAUGGUAACGGUCAUCACAACAACCGUCACCAUCUUCUAUGUCUACCAGUACCCUCUACCCUUCAUCAACAGGGAGGGGGCGUCCUCCAGUUCAGCCGUCAUUUCAACCAAUGCCAAAGACUCUGGUGCCUUGGUGACGGUGUCGCGUGCCGGAGACGGGGAACCAAUCAGCAUCUUCCUGGAUCCCAACUGUCCUGACUCCAGUCAGAACUUUGAGCGCUGGGAGGCCCUGCAGAGCUCGCUGAUACGAGCGCUGACGACCCGCACUGCGGACGACUGGCAGGAGAGGGGGCCGCUCCACAAGGUGAGCGAGGAGCUGAAGGCCGUGACGGGCCACGCUCAUAACCUGAGACUCGAGGCCGAGACGCUGAGAAGAGGUCAGGGGCUCCUGGACCAGCGACUGGACAGGUUGCAGAGCGAGCAGCAGCGCAUCAUUCAGGUCCUGUCAGACCAGCACUCGGGUGUGCUGAAGCUAACGUCCAGCCUGAGCGAUUCUCUCCACGGCCUGCAGAGGGAGACACAGGGCAGACUCGGCAGAGACGACGCUCUCACACCCAGACACUGCGGCGACGUCUUGGCGGCGGGAAAUUCCCAAGAUGGUGUUUAUUCCAUCUUUCCCGUCCACCGGCCCGACGGCUUCAUGGUCUACUGCGACAUGACCACGGACGGAGGAGGCUGGACUGUGAUCCAGAGAAGAGAAGACGGGUCAGUGAAUUUCUUCCGUGGUUGGGAUGCGUAUCGAGACGGCUUUGGUAAAACUACAGGGGAGCACUGGCUAGGACUCCAGAGCAUCUACGCUCUGACGAGGUCGGGUGGUUACGAGUUGCGUAUCGACAUGGCUGACUUUGACAACGCCACAGCCUUCGCUCAUUAUGCAGAAUUCUCUGUGGGACAAGACUCGGUUAACCCUGAGGAGGAUGGGUACCCGCUGACUGUGGACCAGUACUCGGGGACUGCAGGCGAUUCCCUUCUGAAGCAUUCUGGGAUGAAGUUCACAACCAAAGACCGGGACCAGGACCAGUCAGAGAACAACUGUGCUACGUACUACCAAGGAGCUUGGUGGUACCGCAACUGUCAUACUUCCAACCUCAACGGCCAGUACCUGAAAGGAGGCCACGCCUCCUACGCCGACGGUGUGGAGUGGUCCAGUUGGACGGGCUGGCAGUACUCGCUGAGGUUCACGGAGAUGAAGAUACGACCCAAACGGAAAAGUCACCUCUGAUUAACCGACCCCAUUGACCUUUGACCCCAUAUGUAUAUAUAUAUAUAUAAUAUAUAUACAUAUAUAUUAGCCCCAACUUAGCCCCAUACUUAUCCCCAAUAUUGAUUAUUACGAUUCAUUCCCUUAUUUACAGCAUGUAUAUUUGUCAUUCUUUUCUACGUGUUUAUCUUACACAUUAAACACAAUGGU